AUGCUUUUGGACUCUACGCCUCCAUAUGAUGCUUGUCCAGAGUUGACACCAGACAACGGCACAUCAAACAGCGACUCUCCAACCUCCGUCAGCUUCAACCACAUGAUCCACUUGAGACAAGAAGACGCUGGCAACAGCCCAGUACCUGGUCACGCCCUGGAUAAUCUCGCUAGUCAGAAUCUCGAAGGCUCGGGACGGGGUGCCGACAUCAUCACUGAACGAGGCGAACGACAUACGCCUCAGCCCCGGCCCAAUGGUCUCAACACCGAGCGCGUACCGCCGACUGGAGGAUUCAGAUACCGCAGAUCCCCUCAUCCUGAUCCAAAUGCACGGUUUCCCAGGGACGGCUCGCGCCUCUACUGGGCAGAAGAGGCGAUUCCGCCUCUAGAUAUCGGGCCGGCGUUGAUGCCUUUUCCACCUGACUUGCCUCCAUUACAACGGUACUCGGCUCCUGUCGUCAGGCUCGCAAGUGAGCCCAUCGUGAUCCGCUCGUCCCCGUUGCCAUCUUCGCGUUGUUCUGCAGCGUCACCACGACUUGGAUGGGGAUACCGCCGUCUCAGAUUUCGUAUUCCCCGCUUCUCAUCCUGGUUCGGGAGAGCUAUGCAUCGAGAGAAUGGGAACCAACCGCAGCCCAGAUGGAGGCUGUCACUAGGCUGGUUGCUACGCCGGCGCAACACGGGCUCCUGA